CGCUGUGAAUUUCAUUCCGUAGUAAAAUGAGUAUUAUGUUGUCCUUUUAAGCUGGCUGUCAGCAGAGACCGGAGAAGCUACACUUCGAGCAUCCGCGUGCAAUCUUUGCGACAAGCAGGACCCUCUGGAAAGCUGUUACUGUUGGGGCAGAACUAAUCAUUCCUUGUGAAAUUAUAUAAGGAGAAUUAGCUCUGACUCUACCUCAUUUCCUUUCAUACUGCUGUGAAAAUAAGCUUGGAAACGUCAAGCCUUCCCUCCUUAUUUCUCUGUCCUAAGUGCUUUAUUAAGUACUUCUUUUUAUUAAUGCUCUAAACAAAAGUAACUGCAUAUAUUUCUAGAUGCUGAUCGGACGAGCAUCCUCGCCCAGCUGGGCAGUUCGAGGUUUCCUUCCGAGGACAGGACUUCCAGGUUUAGUUGCCGUUGCCUUCUCAGUGCUUUGCCUUUAUUUCCCCCAUGGAUCGUUCCGAGUACUUCAUAUUUAAGGUAGCAUGCUUGAUGUGAUAGAAAAUUGUCAAUCACAGGCUGCCUUGGCUACUUAGAAAAAAGAGAGAUCAAAAGGCUGCUCGGAGCUCCGAGGAGCAGCAAAGUCACCUGCUGGUUUGCCUGGCGGGGGCCUGAACUCCUCCAGCCUUUACGUUUAGAAAAGAAAACUCAGAUCUCAGGAGGUCAGCCAGCCACGGAGCCCUGCACCGCGUGCGUGAGUGCACAGCGCCCACCACAAAGCGAGCUAGGUGCGCACGGACGUGUCUGACACGUUCACCUUAACCACGUCUGAAAAACACCCGGUGAGGACUGUGACCCCUUUAUAACCUACCCUGUUGCUUAACCCUCCCCAGAGGUAACAGAUUUCUGCUUACUUUUUUCCCCCCUAACCACUUAAGCUUCUGUGUUCCUACCCCUGCCCUGGGUUUUGCAGCAGAGGAGUCUCAUCAACAGUUCUGUAACUGCUGUUACCGUAUGUUGAAGCUUGUGCCCUCUUUUUUUUUUUUUUUUGUGCUAAGCAAGCUUAUUUCCCUUUAACUUCUCUGGAUGGUUUAGCUUUUCUUUGGAGCUUUUAAGUUUCCUGCACCUUUGUAUCCAGACCUGAACAUAGUGCAUGUAAGUCAGGCAGUGUCAGUGAAUAAAUCUUAGCAUCUUUUGCAUAGGACACUCCUGUUAAUGCAAAUUUGAAUGAAAUUUUCACUUUUUGCAUCUAAUUCAGGGUUAAAACCCCAGUUUGGUUAUGAGGCUUUAUUGCUUAGUCCUGCUUGUUUCAGUUCUGACCGCUCCACAGAAGGCUUGCGGCCCCUCCCAGGCAGCUAUAAGAUUUUGCAGGUAUGUUGAUCAUCAUCUAAGUAACAAAAAUACUAAAUAGUACUGCACUGAAACGCUGUUUUCUAGAACUCAGCUUAAAUGACUUAUCAGUUUCACAGCAAACUCUAGUUAGCUGGUAGGACUCCUUUUUUUUAAAGGCAGCCCUGCCCAGGCUGUGCUCGUUUUUCCUUCACAACUGGAAGAAACUCUUGAAUGCUUACAAUUUCUCAGGAAGAGAGAAGACUAAAUUAUUCGGUGCAAAGACCAAGAGGAGAAAUAAAAAGCUUCUUAUGGAGAGCUCCCCUGACCCAUCCUGCAGCAUGGGGGAAGAGGAGAGCAGGUGGCCUUCCUCUGCUCCAGCUGGAGCCUUUCUGAGGGGACUGCGCUUACACAGCCCCAAACAGACCAUCCUGAAAGAAGUUCGUAAGCAUUAUGGAUGUUUUAAUACUGCAUUUGAAAAUGUAAACUUCGAAAAUGUAGUUAUUAAACUCCGUUCAAGAUGCAAAAUCUCUCCUGUUCUCUAGUAUUAAUUGUCCAAGUUUGGAAGUCCCAGCUUCACUGAAGGAAGCAGCAGCAUCUGAAGAAAGAAGGAAAGAAAGAGAAGCUUAGUAGCACCAGGGACUUUAGUUUUAAUGUAUCAAACAUGAACUCUUUGAAAAUGCAGCGGUCACUUACACCUGAGGUUGCCUUACCUGCAUGUUUGAGCCUGCACAGCUUGCAGAAAGCCCAAGACUCACCUGUUCCUCCUUCUGCCAGUGUUAUUGCACGUGAUGAUAGACCAUCUGCUCUUCCACCUCUGCGCUGCCCUCUUCGUCUGAACUUCAUCUGGGCAGCUCCAGAAUCAGUAGUGGUUUCUCCUUACCCCUCUGGGGUUUAAGAAUACUAUUACACUUGGGAAAAUUGCAUGUUGUCCAUUGGAUUGAAGUGGAUGGAACAGAUGGGGAAAAGUCCUGCUCGGCAUGGAGAUCCAUAGACAAGAUUCCCAGACAGCUUUGCUGAGGACAUGUAAGGCACGCAGCCUGGUACUUUACUGCUCCCAGCUUUGAAUGCAGACUCCAGGCAGAAGUGAAGCACUAGGAAGAUGACCGUUCUUCUCAUUGAAGCUUUUUAUGGGGGCUCCCACAAACAGCUGAUAGAUCUUCUUCAGGAAGAGCUGAAAGAAGAAUGCGUGCUCUGUACGCUCCCUGCCAAGAAGUGGCACUGGAAAGCACGGACUGCUGCCCUUUAUUUCAUGCAGACGGUGCCAACAAAUCCAAAUUACAGGAUCCUCUUUGCAAGCUCAGUGCUUAACCUGGCUGAACUCGCUGCCCUGCGCCCUGACCUGGGCAAAUUGAAAAAGGUCCUCUACUUCCAUGAGAACCAAUUGGCGUAUCCUGUCCAGAACUGGAAGGAAAGGGAUUUUCAGUACGGAUACAACCAGAUUCUUUCAUGUUUGGUUGCUGAUGUUGUGGUGUUCAACUCUGCUUUUAAUAUGGAAUCGUUUCUUACAUCCAUUGGAAAAUUUAUGAAGUUGAUUCCUGACCACAGACCAAAGGAUUUGGAAAAAAUAAUCAGACCAAAGUGCCAAGUUCUUUACUUUCCAGUCAGGUUUCCUGAUGUGAGCAGGUUCAUGCCAGAACAUAAGCUUGCCCAUUUGGAAAACUUAAUUGGUGUUAAAAGCAAUGGAGAUGCUUAUCAAUUUGCGGGCCUGCCUGGCCAGCAGAAGAGCAGAGCUUUGGGAGGUUUAAUGAAAAACAGCAACGUGUGUCAUGAGUCUGGACUUUGUGAAGCACAGCCUGGACUUUGUACCACACAGCAUGAGGGACUGCAUUCCCCAUUAACAGCACCAGAGAGAUUGAACAAGUCUGAAGCAUCAGAAAGUACAAAUCCUUGUCAAGAAGAAGAUAAGCAACAUCUGACUUUUAACCUUUGUAAUAUCUGGAGUGGAAUGGACUAUCAGCAGAGACCUUUACAUGUUGCCUGGCCUCACAGGUGGGAACAUGACAAAGAUCCCGAAACUUUCUUUAAAGUGCUGCUGAAACUGAAAGAGAAAGAACUACCUUUUCGUGUGUCCGUCCUCGGAGAGUGUUUCACUGACGUUCCAGAUAUAUUUUCAGAGGCCAAAAAAGCGUUGGGAUCUUCUGUCUUGCACUGGGGCUACUUACCCAGCAAAGACGACUAUUUCCAAGCCCUGUGCACGGCCGAUGUUGUCAUCUCAACGGCUAAACACGAAUUCUUUGGAGUGGCAAUGGUUGAAGCUGUAUAUUGCGGUUGUUACCCACUGUGUCCCAAGGCCUUGGUGUACCCGGAGAUAUUUCCAGCUGAAUAUCUGUAUUCUACACCUGAACAGCUUUUUAAAAGGCUUCAGAAUUUCUGCAAGAGACCAGAUAUUGUAAGGAAACAUCUCUAUAAGCUAUCCUGAAGCAGCAGGUCUGAACGGAUGAACCGUCCUUACUGAAUUCGGAAGGUUAACUCUGAAGUCUACUGAUGGCAGCAUAGAUACUAAAUAUUUCUGUUCCACUCUGAGGACACAAGAAACAAAAAUGUUUGUGUCAUAGAAGAUACUGCAGUGCUGCUGACACUUACUGUGCUGUCUCUUCACACAAAGAUCUUGCUUUCUGUGAAAACUUUGCUACUCAUGACGAUUUUGUCUCUGCAUAUUUAGGAACUGUUGACUGAAUCAUGUUCUAUUCCUUGAAAACAUGAAUGCCCAGACUUUUGCAGCGUUAUCACUCUUACCCCCCUCCAAAAAAACAGGAGUGGAGUUCAUUCUCUCCAAGGUUACUCUGAAGUAGAGGCCAAAAGCCAGACCAGCGAUGGUGGCACAGGGGAAUUAGGCCUUCUCUCCUGCCGGUUCCUGGUUCUGCCAGGUCUGAGGUGUGAGAGGCAGGUCGGGCCCGCUCGGCCCUUGCUGUGUCUGCUGAGCCCGCUGGUAGGAGCGGCGUUUGGUAGUGGAAGUGCUCGAUCAGGGCUGCCACGAACUUCACGGGGCUCCCUUUGGAUCCGGCCUGGCGCUUCCAGCUGCCUCCCGCUGCCUCUUGGGGCCGCGCUGGGCAAGGCCGGGGCACGGCGGCAGGGCUGGUCCCCAGGACGAGCGGCUCUGCACACGCUGCUCCUCCCGAGGCCGGAGACGUCCCUUCUGCGGCAGCAGCUGACGUUCUGCGUGUGAUCUCUCCUCUGCUUCCUCGUAGGGCGAGAUGGCUGGCUUUUCUUGGGCAGCGCUCCGUGGUAAAUUCAGGUCUCUGCUCGCAACAGAACCGAGGGAAGAUUUGUGACAGAUGGGGCUAAGUCACAAACUUGCAGCCUCAGGCAGAAUUGUGGAAGUUUCCAGAGUGUGCCCAUAUUUACCUGAUCAGAGAGAAAAGAAAAUCUGCAGAGGAAGCCGAGCCUGGCUGCUUGUCAUAGCUGACACAGAGCCAUCUGCCACAAACCUGUGGCGGCUUCAGAUCUCCAAUCCCUGCCACCACCCCAGCUCAAAUUAAAUACAGAUUCUUAGAGACGUUAUGAUGGUUACACAUGUCCUCGGCAUCACAUGCAGGAGACUGUUCAAAAAAAAUAUGUGGCCUGUUGUAUAACCGCACUCAUGUAUCCCAUAUGUGGUGCCACAUUGAAUUUCCGGUUGAAUCUGUUUUUAUCCUUUGUACUGGAUGACAUGGUGCCUGAAUUCUUUCUUUUCGCCGACACGAUGGCAGCCAAGCUGCAGCUUCAAACGCUCACACUUGGCUGGGUUUCUACCUAGGUUGCCAGGUUAUCAUUGGAGCCUUAUUGUGUCCUCAAAGGGCCACAGGGCCUGAAAGGAGGAUCCGAGUGCUACCGGACUAAUUGGGCAGCCAUCUCUGAAUUGUUUGUAGGCAAAGGGCUGCUUUAGCACUUUUCUUUUUGCAAAUUAAUGACUCUCUGGCACAGGGGUUUUUAAGUGAAGGUAUUAAUAAGGGGUCUGGCAGGUAAUCCCAUGAUUCGCGGAGUUACAUUUGCAUUUAAUUAAUCUUAAAGAAAGCUGAAAGAUAAACAGCUGUAAUUCAAACUAGCAUGGGAAAUAUGCUACAUGGUGCCAUCUAUCCGAUAAAAUGAAAGCUGAGACACUUGUUUUAUUUCUCUCAAGGAUGGAGAACAAACAGAUAACAGUCAAAAUACUUCCAAUAAAAAGUAGUAGUAUAAAUGUAACGGCCGUUCAUCAAGAAUCUUUGCAUCCAGUUACAAAUACAGUCUUUUAAAGAUAAAUCACUUAUGAUUCCAGCAGUCAAGCUGCUAUAUUUGUUGAUGUAAAAUGUUUUGAAGAUGUAGAUUGUACAAUAAAUUUUUAAUAAAGUGCCCACUGCAAUUUUUAAUUAGCAUAUCUCAUUCAUGUAUAAGUGUGUACAUCUAUCUGUAUGUUUAUCACUAUGCAUAUCCUUGUGUCAGAGUCAAUGAAUGCA